UGACACUGACUUUCAAACACAGAAGUUGCUUGUUGGAUGUUUUGCUCACUGAGUGAAAUUCUUACGAAAGCAGACAAACAGUUUUCUAGUUUUAUCUGCACAAUAUUCAGUCCGAUGGCGGCUCUGUCUGAGAACAUGGUGACAGUCAGCAUGUUACUGAGUGUCGUCUUUCUUCCAGGUGAUGUGGCUGCUUGUCCAGAUCCAAUCCUUAUUGCUAACACACCUGGGUGGAUGGAAGCACUGAGUGGAUCUUGUUUGCAAAUCCCAUGUAGCUACAGUGCAACACAUUACACAUAUGGCCAAAGUAACAUUUAUUACGGAAUUUGGUUGAAAACUAACCCAUAUUUUGUGGAAAAUCCAAGCUCUCUUAUUUUCAACAGCAGUGGAUCAGUUAACAUUUAUCCACUGGAAAUCACUGGAAACCUGAGAGAGAAAAACUGCACCACUGUGUUUUCUGAUUUAAAAAUGAGGCAUAAAAACAAAUACUACCUCCGCAUUGAGAAUGGGAAAUUUAAGGCAACAGAUAUUUGUCAGCCUCUUCAUAUAACAGUAAAAGAUUCUCCUUGGAGUCCCAGCAUUAAUGUUCCCUCUGACCUGAAGGAGCAUCAGUCUGUCAUUGUAACCUGCUCAGCUUUCACUCCCUGUCCACACUCACCUCCUCAACUCACCUGGAAUCUCCAACCAGACUCUUUCAGACAAACAGAGAAAAACACAGAUGGAACCUUUACAACUAAAAUCCAGGAGACCAUCACUCUGUCAGACACACAUGAUGGAUACAACAUCAGCUGUUCUGCCAGAUAUCCUGUGAUUGGUGGAAGCAAGACAGCAGGGACAGAAGUGACUCUCAGUGUUUCAUACGCUCCUAGAAACACCUCAGCAUCCAUCAGUCCAUCAGGUUUGGUGUCAGCAGGUAGCUGGGUGGAGCUGAGCUGCUCCAGCAGAGCCAAACCUCCACCCAGAUUCACCUGGUUCAGGAACAACAAAGAUGGAGCCACUAAUGUGUCUGUGGACCAGGUUUACAACUUCAAUGCUACAGAGGGAGGAGAGUUUCACUGUGUGGCUUCAAAUGAUCUGGGUCAACAAAAAUCCUCUGUGAUCCUUGUCAAUGUUAAUGAGUGA